UCGACUCAAACGAACCUCAAAACACAGAAUUCAAAUCCAAUUGCCCCAAAUUCCAAACCCUAGUUCUUCAAAUCUCUGUCUGCAUCUCAAUUUCUCCUCUCUCAGAAUCAAUCAAUCAUGUUGUUAUCCCCAGGCCACUCCCCCCGCCACCUCUCUACUCCUUCCCCCGCCCCUUCCGUCUCCUCCGAUUCAAACCCUAACCCCAAUUCCGACACCCGAAAGCGCCGCCGCAGCCCCACCGUUCUGGACGAGGAUUCUUACGUCGCCGCCAUCGAGAAGAUCAUCGAGCGAGACUACUUCCCCGACAUCCCCAAGCUUCGCGAUCGCCUUGACUGGCUGCAGGCCGUCCGCACCCACGACCCGGUUCUCAUCCGCGAUGCCCAACUCAAAAUCAUUGAACGCCGCCGCCUGAGGAAAGCCGGCGACUCCGCCGCGGCUGAUGCUUCGAUCCGAUCCACCACUGCAACCCCUCGUUCGUCUUUUUUCCGAACUACCUCUGUUACCCCCUCCCACCAUAAUCUGAAUAAAGAUCAUAUUUUGAAUGAUGAAUCCGUCGGUGUUGGUGGUAGUGGUGAUGGAGAAGAAGAAGUCGAUGUUUCAGUGCCACUUGAUGAGUUUUUCAGGAAGUACACGAGCGAGGACAACGAAAGCUUCUCGAAGAUUCUGGAGAAAGUGAAUAGGAAGAAGAAGGAAAAGUAUAGUUAUUUGUUGGAGUGUGGAGAAACCGAAGGGGAUAAUUUGAUCGAGAAUGGGAGUAAACGAGAGAUCAGCUCUACAGACGGCUAUGGCACAUCGAAUCAGCCAGUGAGUACUUUGGAAGGGUGGAAAUACACGCCAAAGAACUUAUUGAUGUAUCAUCCAGCUGAUAGAGGGGAGAUGCCGUUGACUGAGGAAGAAACAAACCUGAGGCUCAAAGGAAUGACGAAGGAGAUCCUCAAAUCGAAUACACGUUUCAAUGCAAAAGCAAUGGGUGUUACUACAUCGAACAACGACGACGAUAAUCUUGCAGUGCUUUACAUGCCUGUUGUUGGUUCUACUCCGAAUCCAAUAUCGAAUAGGGAUGGUGAUAAGGUGAAGAAGUAUGAUCUUGAAGACAUGAAGAAGACGCCUAAUAGAUUCUAUGUCGAGUCUGAGAAGAAGGCGGAUAAUGGAUAUAAUUUUGUGAAAACACCUUCUCCUGCUCCAGGGGUGGAUGACUCACCGUUUAUAACAUGGGGAGAAAUCGAAGGGACCCCUUUGAGGCUAGAGCCAGAGGACACACCGAUUGAUAUUGGCGGUAGUGGUAAUGGGCCGCAGUUUAAAAUCCCUAUGCCGCCUACAAGGGAUGUAAAGGCGCAUUCUUUGUCUAGAGAAGCUGCAAAGAAGAUCAGAGAGAGGUCUAAGAUGUUUCAGAAACCACCAUUGCCUUCACCGGUUAGAGGAGGGAGUGCUAGCCCAAGUGCGCGGGUUCUUUCAAGUGCUGCACAGAAGUUUAUGAGGAGUGCGAUUGCUAAGUCGUCGCAGUCUAUUGAUGAGUCUUUGAGGGCAAGUUAUCGUAGUUCGAGCCCUGGAAUAAGUACUCCUAAAAGUACGAGGAGUACAUCUAGGUUGGGGAGAGAUAGCAUGGGUUCAAGAUCUCCCUCUGUGAGAGAGGGCUCUAAUCCACCUUGGUAAACUGGUAAUCUGAGAUGAAUUACCUCUUCGUGCUGUUGUAUCGGAGAUGGUAUGUGGAAUGUAAAGCAGUAUGUUUUCUCGAACAUUUGGGUGUUGAAAUAAUGAUAUAGUCUAAUGUUUGGGUGUUUACUUGUGUGUUUGUUUUCUGUUUCUUAUUCAUCUUUGAGUGGAUGUAUUUCUGGUCAUAUACUUCUUGAAGGAUGGAAGUUGUGCAACUAAGACUUACUUUUCAUGAAUUGGAGUUGGAUGCAAAAGAAUGACAAGAUUGUUGUAUUAUUAUUAUUUAUGAAGACGACGAUUUUUUUAUGGUUU